AUGGGACAUGCUCUCAUUCACUGUUUAUUUUGUUUUGUAUUUUCAUGUUAUACAUACUUGUCUGACCUAUCCCUGUGGACCAAGCGUCUUGUGCCGCAAGAGGGAAACAAGGAGGAACUAGACAAGAUUGAAGCCAGCAUUGCAAAGGCCAAGAUAGCCCAUACUGAACUCCAAGAUGAUUCUGGGUUCUUUGAUGCAAUGCCAGCAGAAAGUAGGAAAGCUUACACAGAUCAUUUGGAGGAUUGGAUCAAUGCAAACAUGGCGGUUGUCAAGAAAUCUCAGAAGAAGCCCUUGUUCAGUGAUGCUGCAAGUGAUAGUGAUAGUGAUAGUGAUGAUAGUAUUCAGUAG